AUGAUAGCUGAAACACAUUGGAAUGUACCAUAUAUAUUCAAGGGUGCGACAAUUAUCCGUGAUAGAAAUUCAUGGACAGAUGGAAAAUAUUUAGCUGAUAUAUUUAAUCAAAAAUUAUUAUCAUUUCGAAUUGGCAAACGACAAAAAUCAUUUUUCGGUGAUCGUGUUCAAUUUGAAAAAGAUUGUAUUCAUAUUCAAUCGACUGUCGAUAGUUUUCUUAGUUGGACGACUUCAACAGAUAAUGAUUCUUUAUCCAAUAAUCAUCCAUUCAGUCAAUAUCCGAAUAAAGAAUAUUUCGCCUAUGCUGAUUAUAUGCAUUUACCUGAAUUAUUUGGUAACGAUCAACAUCCGUUAAUAGAUAUGAUUAAUUGGUCAGAUAUGGGUUUGAAAGAUCGUUGUGGAAAAGAAUCAACAUUAUGGAUAGGUUCACAAGGAUCUCAUACACCAUGUCAUUAUGAUACAUAUGGAAUCAAUUUUGUUGCUCAAAUUGUCGGACGAAAACGAUGGUUACUAUUUCCACCGGACAGUCCAAUAAGUCAAUUACAAACACGUAUACCAUAUGAAGAAUCAAGUGUAUAUCUCGAUAUUGAACCAAUGAUUUUAGAUAAAUUCCAUAAUAUUGAUGUUUAUGAUAUUACGCUUGAACCUGGUGAUGUUUUAUUUGUACCAAAACAUUGGUGGCAUUUUGUUUCAUCGAUUGAUUCUAUUACUAUUUCAGUAAAUAGCUGGUUAAAACAACCUAAUGAUAAUGUAGAACAAAUUAAAGAGAUGCUUGUUCGACAAAUUAUAACAUCAACUAUGAUAUCACAUGAUUAUUCAUCUGAUCAAUGGUUAAAUCAUAAUGAGGUUGUGACUGAUCCAGUGACAAAUUUAACAAUAUUAUCAAGUUUAAUGAUUAAUUCAGAAUCAACUGAAGUAAAAGAACCAUUAUCAAAACGAUCUCGAAAUGUAAUUACACCAGCUAGUUAUGUAUGUGAACAGCGUUUAACAAGUACAUUAUUAGGAAAUAGUAUAUUAUCGCAUUCAAAUCAACCGACUACGACGAAUAAUAUGUCUUCUGAUGUAUCUGAUAAUGAUAUUUUAUUAAAACGUCUUGUAAAAGCCAUGACUGCACGUGAUACAAUUGAUUUAAUUUAUAAUAAAUUAUUUUCUAUUUAA